GAGAAAAAGUUCACUUGUCCCGAGCCCGACUGUCAGCGCACCUUCAAGCGGGCAGAGCACCUUGCUCGACACAGCCGCGUCCAUACCGGAGAGCGCCCUUACGCCUGCGACUUCCCCGGCUGCACUCGCAUGUUUUCCCGAGCCGACAACAUGAAGGCCCACAAAAAGACACAC